AUGGAUAGGAUAACAUGGUAUCAACCAGCCGAAAGCAUGGAAGAAAUCCUCUGUCAAGCCGGCCACGUCGGUCUAUAUGACGGUGAUUUGAAACAGACCGAAUUCGAGGUGGGCACCGUGUCGUUGACGCUUCAUCGGAUAAUAUGGGCCGACUCAACCGAUCCGGAUCGAAGAUUGGUUUUGAAUCAUCAUUUGGUUUUACAUGCGGAAAAGCAUCAUAAAUCGAUGUUUGGGAAAGGAGGAAAAAUCGUGACUCGGCUUUCACCAGCUCCGCAAAGUGCAGUUGGACCUGUGGCCAGUUCGCAAUACAACUGCGUGCGUUUUGUUUUUCGAGGUGGCGGUGAAGAUGAGUUUUUCAAAAAGUAUGACGAGGCUUUGAAACGGCGGACCUGGGAGAGGACACCAUCAGGAAGCUCUUCAGGAGGGUCGAGAACUUCUACACAUCCGGUAGGGCAUAGAGCAGUCGGGAUUGGCGGUAUCGAAAGGCGACUUGUCGAGAGUCAUCAACGGACUCAUGAAACAAUCAGCCAGGCUUUCGAGGACAUGUCUAAAUUGAUGGAGACGGCUCGUGACAUGGUGUCAUUGUCAAAAAGCAUUGCUGAAAAAUUGAGAGCACGUCAAGGAUCGAUCACAGAUGAUGAGACGGUGGAAUUCAAAUCCUACUUGUUGUCACUUGGUGUCUCGGAUCCGGUUACAAAGAGCACCUACGGCACAGGCGCCAAAUAUUUCGAGAAGCUCGCCGAGGAAUUGGCGUUUAUUCUAGAGCAACCGUUAAAAGAAUGCGGAGGAAUGAUGACUCUGCCCGAAGUGUUUUGUCGUGUGAAUCGUGCUCGCGGUCUUGAAUUGCUUUCUCCCGAAGAUUUGCUCAAUGCUUGCAACGUUCUUUCAAAUGUUGAUACACCGUUGGAAUUACAUCGUUUUCCUUCUGGUGUGCUUGUGGUGCAAUUGAAGAGUGCGGCCGUUGAUAGCACAAUUGAUGGAACGGUGGCCCUGGUUAACUCCCAAGUCUCGCUUCUCGUCACUGAUCUUGCCUCUUCUCAGGGAAUAACAAUGGUUUUAGCAAAAGAAAGGUUAUUGGCUGCGGAGAACAAAGGACUUUUGUGUCGAGACGACUCGGUUGAGGGUCUUCGAUUUUUCCCAAAUAAAUUUCUGCAGGGCAGU